AUGGACGUUGUUCUCGAACUCUGCGAUACAUAUGUAUUCGAUCCCAUCUACGCGGCUCUGCUACCGGCACAGACACCGUCCCUCCUACCCAAUGGCACGUUUUCGAGCGUCAAGGAGGUUCCUACCAACUUGCCUCAUGCAUCUACCUGGGAAUACCGCCCGGCCAGUCAAUACCUGAGUUUCACCCCAGGCAAAGCCGCAUACAUGUCCCAAUGGCCACGAGACGACGUGCGCCGCCAAUUCCUAUCUCUUUUCCUCAUUACUUGGAUCUUCGGCGUCUUCAUCUACUUCGUCUUCGCAACCCUCUCCUACCUCUUCAUCUUCGACAAAUCAACCUUCAACCACCCCCGCUACCUCAAGAACCAAAUCCGCCUGGAGAUGCGCCAAGCAAACAUCGCCUUCCCCUGGAUGGCCCUCCUCACCGCCCCCUGGUUCCUCCUCGAAAUCCGCGGCUACUCCAAAAUCUACGACUCCCUCGCCGACUCCCCAGGACCCUGGUACAACAUCCUGCAAUUCCCCUUGUUUUUCGGCUUCACGGAUUUCUGCAUCUAUUGGAUCCACAGGGGUCUGCACCACCCGGCCGUAUACAAGAACCUGCACAAGCCGCACCACAAAUGGAUCAUGCCGACGCCCUACGCAUCGCACGCGUUCCACCCUCUCGACGGCUACGCACAAGGUCUCCCCUACCACAUCUUCCCGUUCCUCUUCCCGCUCCAGAAAUUCGCAUACGUCGCGCUCUUCAUGUUCAUCAACAUCUGGACCGUCAUGAUCCACGACGGCGAGUACUAUGCCGAGAACCCCGUCAUCAACGGCGCCGCGUGCCACACGAUGCAUCAUUUGUAUUUCAAUUUCAAUUAUGGCCAGUUUACUACGCUGUGGGAUCGCUUGGGUGGCAGUUAUAGGAAGCCGAAUGAUGAGUUGUUUCGCAGGGAGUUGAGGAGUAUGGAGGGCGCUUGGAGGAAGCAGGUCGAGGAUGCUGAUCGCAUGGUCGGUGAGGUUGAGGGCGUCGACGAUAGAGGGUAUCAGAGUGACGGGGAGGGGAAGAAAGUCCGUUGA